AUGAAGCUUCUUCUGCUGCUGGCGUUGACUGUGGUCUCUGGCUUGCCUCAAGUCUCUGGCAAUUUGGCACAAUUCUCAGAAAUGAUUAAGAGCAAGACGGGAAAGAACGCACUUACAAGUUACGGCGCCUAUGGCUGUCACUGUGGUAUAAGUGGCCAAGGAACACCCAAAGAUGACACAGAUUGGUGCUGUGCCAGGCAUGACUGCUGCUACAAACGUCUGGUAAGCCGUAAAUGUGGAACGAAAUUUCUGAAGUAUGACGUUACCAUACAAGGGAGCUCAAUCACCUGCAAAGCCAACCAGAGCUCCUGUCAGAAGGAGCUGUGUGAAUGUGAUAAAGCUGCUGCCUCUUGUUUUGCAAAACACCUGAAGAGCUAUAAUAAGAAGUACCAGCUCUAUCCCAAUUGGAUGUGCAGUGGGAAUGCCCCCAGUUGCUGA